UGAGACAAGUCCGAAUACUGUUGUUUCUGUUUGUGCUAGGGUCUUAUCCAAGGUCCUGGCGAGUUCGCAGAGGGUUUGAUGAUUGGCGCCAAGAGCUUGUUUGGUCACACUGUUGGUGGAGCGGCUGGUGCAGUCUCUCGUAUAACUGGAACGCUGGGAAAAGGUAUCGCUGCACUAACAAUGGAUGAUAAAUACCAACAGGAGAGGAGGCAGGCGAUGGGAAAGAAACCUGUUAAUGUCAAAGAAGGACUCACAAGGGGUGGGAAGGGACUACUUGAAGGCGUUGUGGGAGGUGUGACAGGGAUAGUAACCAAACCAGUGCAGGGCGCAAAGGCUGGUGGUGCCGCGGGGUUUUUCAAGGGACUGGGAAAGGGUGUAGUUGGUGUAGUGGCACGUCCUGCCGGAGGUUUGGUUGACUUUGCGAGCAGCACAUUCGAAGGAAUUAAAGGGUUAGUAACAUUUCAAAACUUAACGUCUUUUUAAAGUACGUUAUUGUUU